AUGACUAACAAUUCUAUCAAUUUAAACACCAGUCCGCAGCGGGUCGGCGGCGGCUCCGGGACUGUGGAUCAUGAACUCGUUAUCACCUCUACUUUCGGGACGCUUCUCUCCAUUGUCUACAUAGUCGGGGUUUCGGGGAAUGUGUACACCCUGGUGGUGAUGUGUCACUCGAUCCGCUUCGCCACUUCUAUGUACAUCUCCAUCAUCAACCUGGCUCUGGCGGACCUGCUCUACCUCUCCACCAUCCCCUUCGUAGUGUCCACCUACUUCCUAAAGGACUGGUACUUCGGGGAUGUGGGCUGCCGCAUCCUGCUCAGCCUGGACCUCCUCACUAUGCACGCCAGCAUCUUCACCCUCACCGUCAUGUGCACGGAGCGCUAUCUGGCCGUCACCAAGCCGCUGGACACGGUGAGACGCUCCAAGAGUUAUCGCAAAGGUCUGGCAUGGGGCGUCUGGCUGCUUUCUCUGGUCCUCACUGUGCCCAUGAUGAUAAUGGUCGCCCAGACAACUAAGAACACGCCGGAUGGGGGUGUAAAGAGGAUGUGCGCACCCACCUGGGCGCCCCUGGCUUAUAAAGUGUACGUGACCGUCCUGUUCGGCACCAGCAUCAUGGCACCGGGGAUCAUUAUCGGUUACCUGUACGUCAAGUUAGCCCGCACUUAUUUAGAGUCCCAGCGCAACUCUGUGAUCAGCAAAGGCAGCAAGCGGUCACCAAAGCAGAAGGUGCUGAUCAUGAUUUUCACCAUCGUGCUGGUGUUCUGGGCGUGCUUCCUGCCGUUCUGGAUCUGGCAGCUGCUGCCUCUGUACCACACAAAGCCCCUGAGCCUGGCCUCGCAGACACACACCUGCAUCAACUACUUGGUGGCGAGCCUCACAUACAGCAACAGUUGCAUUAACCCUUUCCUCUAUACGCUACUCACCAAGAACUACAGGGAGUACCUGAAGAACAGGCACAAGAGCUUCUACAAGUACACGUCCUCGUUUAAGCAGCGGCCGCCCAGCCUCUACUCGUGGGGGAAGUCUGCCUCCUCCAGCAAUCAGUUUGAGUUCAACUCCGAGACGCUGGUUAUGGGGACGCUGAAGUAA